AUGAAAUUUACGAGUUUUUACUUCUUGAGCAUUUCAGCAGCAGAAAUUGUUGAUGAGGAGACAGAUCUUUCUUCAAGAGGAAAAUGGCAUGGCAAAGAUUUCUGUCAAAAUCGCCCCGAUCAUCUCACCUACGACCUAACAACCUGUCCUGAAAGCGAAGAAAACCAGUAUCCUCCAAACUACGGCUGCUUCACUUCUACCUGCUCCUCCGACCCAUCCAUCUCCGUUGAGCUCACGUGCUCAUGCUCGGAGUACGGUGAUAAGCGCGGACGAAAUUGCAAGUGGGAAACUUCUCGCUCCUGCCCUGACGAACCAAAGCUUCUUGAACACGAAAAUUCAGACGGAGGAUCAAAAAUCAUCGAAAAUUUCGGGGAGUACAAAUUUCUCGAAACCCUUCCCGACGGAAACAUCAUCGCGAACCUCUUUUCCUUCGAGCCAAUUUUGUCCAACGAAAUCAACUCCCUCAACGACGAUGUCAAAACAGCGCGAAAUAAGAAAGAAAAGAAUGAAAUCAUUAAUCUUAAACAAGAGCUUCUUCAAGUUGAGAAUGAAAUCUUGCAAGCAAAAACACUUCUUGGCCGCCCUGUAUAA